ACUCAAAAUUAUCUUACCUUGAUACUUCCAGCUGCAUCGAUUUUUUCGCUUGUAAGCUGGUCUGGUGCGUUGUCCAAAGUCGACAACGAAGUGAUUAUCUUUGCCAAUUAUCUGCAGAGAUUCUUGCCUUCCGAAUUUGGGCACGAGAUUGACAAAGCGAACCCAAUUGAACCAGCACUGACAUUGUACAAUCAGAAGAGAAAAAUCCGAAGAGCGAUUGAAGCCGCCGGCAUUCCUUAUACUUACGUAUGCUGCAACUCCAUUGCUGGAUGGCCAUACUUCGAUCAAAUCCAUCCUUCUGAGAUCCCACCCCCCACUGACUGCUUUGAGAUUUAUGGCGAUGGUAACGUGAAAGCUUAUUUCGUAGCCGGAGAAGACAUCGGAAAAUUCACAAUUAAAGCUGCAGACGAUGUGCGCACUCUGAACAAAGUGCUACACUUCCGGCCACAAAGCAACUUUGUGACACUGAAUGAGUUUGCGUCUAUGUGGGAGAAGAAGAUCGGGAAGGAGGUGCCCAGGAAGUUUAUCUCUGAAGAUUGCCUCCUCCGCCUGGCCAAAGAGAACCGAAUUCCAAGCAGCAUCGUGGCUGCCCUGACGCAUGACAUCUUUAUCAACGGCUGUCAGUUUGGCUUUGAGAUCGAAGGACCCCAAGAUACAGAGGUUGGCCGCCUCUACCCUGACUCACCUCUCGUCCUUCUCAGCCACUGCCUGGAUGCUUAUCUUAGCAACGGAGUGGAGCCAGCAGCAAGAGUUUGAGUCUCCCUGGAAUAUGCAAAUAUGCAAUUAUUUGCGUUGAUAAAUACUGCUCCUUUCUUUAUAUUUCUCCUUUAAAUGUUGCUACCUUA